AGAGUGCUUUUAUUUUGUAACGUCAGCAAUGCGUUACCGCCGGAAGUAUGGGCGGAAGUACAACACUUUGUUUUACAAACCAGCGUUCUAAAGAAACGUCUUCACGGAUUAAGGCUUUCAGUGAGAAGAAGGUCCAGUCCUGCCCCAAAUGUCAAUUUUGACGGGACAAGUUCUCCGCGACCAGCUUAGCGUCAUCAUGGCGAGGCUGAGCCAGGCGGCCAUGAUGGAGAUCUGCGAGCUGGUGGAGGGAGCCUUGGUCGGCCUGCGCACCGAGAACCAGCAGCUCAAGAGCAGGCUCGACCUUAUCGAAGCCGUCGUGGUGCGGGGCAGCCUAGGAGGGAAGGAGGUCGAGCAGUCGGAGCCCGACGGCGGCGGAGGAGAAGCCAGUGGAGCCGCUCAAAUAUCCGGCGAAGAGCUUCCUGACGUGGUGCUGAUCAAAGAUGAAGACUCAGACAUUCUGAAAGUAGAGCACGUCACGCCGUCAUCCACCACCCGACCAAAGAAGAGACAUCGAGCGAGAGACAAGGACCCAGAGAGAAAGGUGUCCUCGGAUGAGGGUCAGGGUGGGGUCACUGUGUACUCGUUGAACACUCUGGGCUCCUCCUGCCAGCCUGCCGCUGGCGAGAUGUAUUCUUCGUUCGCCCCUCUGGAAGAAGGCGAGGUCCAUCUCAUGGACCAGGAAAACAUGUCCUAUUUGUCCACUAACACCCUGAUGGACGGGCAGCCUUCCACAAAUGUCAACGCGGCAUGGAGCGAGCCAGCGGAAAGUCACGUGACCUUUGCACACUUUGACCACGAUGGAUCCAGCGACGCCUGCGGCCUCAGGAUGGUCAGCGUCUCGGGCUCGGCACCGCCCGACCGCAGCGACACAAAGUUCGAAUACCAGGCGGGUGAUGUGUCCGACGCCUUUGGAGGCGGCAAAGGCCGUCGCUUCGUGUGCCACUUCUGCAACAAGACCUUUGCCACGUCUCAGAACCUGGACGUACAUAUGCGCAUCCACACAGGCGAGAGACCCUUCUCGUGUCAGCAGUGCGGAAAAAGGUUCACGCAGUCCGCGCACCUCAAGGCUCACCUCAACAUCCACUCGGGGGCACGACCCUUUGCCUGCACAGUGUGCUCGCGAACUUUCAGUGCCAACUACGCCCUCAAGAUGCACAUCAAGAAGUGUCACGUCAAUGGCUGAUGCUCUGUUUUUAGGGCAUGAUUAUUUAUUAUUGCUACAAACAGUGGUCGUCUCAAUCACUGACAUUUUUAUCAUUCAUUUAAAAUUCCGCACACCUAUACAUACACUAUAUUGCCAAAGGUAUUUGGCCACCUGCCUUGACUCACAUAUGAACUUGAAGUGCCAUCCGAUUCCUAACCCAUAGGGUUUAAUAUGAUGUCGGUCCACCUUUUGCAGCGAUUACUGGGAAGGCUGUCCACAAGUGUGUUUAUAGGAAUUUUCCACCAUUCAUCCUAAAGCGCAAUGGUGAGGUCACACACUGAUGUUGGUCGAGACGGCCAGGCUCUCAGUCUCUGUUGUAAUUCAUCCCAAAGGUGGUCUAUUGUGUUCAGGUCAGGACUCUGUGCAGGCCAUUCAAGUUCAUCCAUACUAGACUCUGUCAUCCAUGUCUUUAUGGACCUUGCUUUCUGCACUGGUGCACAGUCAUGUUGUAGGAGGAAGGGGCCCGCUCCAAUCAUUUCCCACAAGGUUGGGAGCAUGGAAUUGUCUAAAAUGUUUUGGUAUCCUGGAGCCUUCAAAGUUCCUUUCACUGGAACUAAGGGGCCAAGCCCAACUCCUGGAAAAAAAAAACAACACCAUAAUUCUUCCUCCGCCAAAUUUCACACUCUGCACAAUGCAGUCCGAAAUGUACCGUUCUCCUGGCAUCCUCCAAACCCGGACUCGUCCGUCAUAUUGCCAAAUGGAAAAGCGUGAUUCAUAACUCCAGAGAACGCGUCUCCACUGCUUUAGAGUCCAGUGGCAAUGUGCUUUACACCACUUCAUCCGACGCUUUGCAUUGGACUUGGUGAUAUGUAUGGCUUAGAUGCAGCUGCUCAGCCAUGGAAACCCAUUCCAUGAAGCUCUCUGCGUACUAUAUGAGGGCUGAUUGGAAGGUCACAUGAAGUUUGGAGCUCUAUAACAACUGACUGUGCAGAAAGUUUUUGCACAAUGGGCUUCAGCAUCCGCUGACCCCUCUCCGUCAGUUUACGUGGCCUACCACUUCGUGGCUAAGUUGCUGUUGUUCCCAAACUAUUCCAUUUUCUUAUCACAAAUCCGACAGUUGAUUACGGAAUAAUUAGGAGCAGGGAAAUUUCAUGACUAGAGUUGUUGCACAGGUGGCAUCCUAUGACAGUUCCACGCUGGAAAUCACUGAGAGCGGCCCAUUCUUUCACAAAUGUUUGUAGAAACAGUCUCCAUGCCCAAAAGCUCAAUUUUACACACCUGUGGCCGGGUCAAGUGAUUAGGACACCUGAUUGUGAUCAUUUGGAUGGGGGGCCAAAUACUUUUGGCAAUGCAUUGUACCUUCUCUUAACAUUUUCCUACAAUUUCUAUUCUUAUAUACAUACUAUCUUAACAUACAAUCACCGUAUUGCCUCACAUUAUUAUUUAUGGGUGUGGCAAAUCACAAAGUACAAACUGUUUUCAAAUUGGUGUCAAUGAUUUUGCUCUAUUGUGGUGCAAAAACAGACAGAGUGAGAACACCACUGGUUGGAACCCACACCCCAGAAGAUGGAUAAUAUAUGUAAAAUGAUAUAUCAUAAUCAUGAUAUGUACAUGCGAUUAUGAAAAAUAUCUCUUUGGUCCUCACACUGUAUAAUUAUAUAUAUAUAUUUUUAACGCUGUAAUAAAUGUAAUGUGAAGUGUUUUAUUUCUUUUUUACAAACUAAAAACAUUUUUAAGAUAAAAGCCUUCCUUUCUAAAAAUUGAUGGCCAACUUGCACGUCCAUUAAUACAUUUUCUACUGUUUGUCCCUUUCGGGGUCGCAGGGGUGCACUUGCAUGCACAAAAGUACUACUAUGAAGAUUUCAUCCAUGUGACUUGUAAGCACCAGCAUAUUAAGACAAGAUAAACAAAUGAAUAAAAGAUCAAAGUGC